AUGGAGAAUAAAAAAAGAGAAAGAUGUGUAUACCUGUGUGAGUAUGAUAUACUUGUCGGGGGAGUGUGGUCUGCCUUGUCCGAGAGGCGGGGCAAUACAAUCUAUAUAAGAGUGGUCCAUACCGGAUGUUUGACCCAGAACUUCGCGUGCAGUGAAAGUGUGCCCGGUGCAAAUACGUUUUUGCCGGAAACGAUGAUGAAAGUCUAUUUAAUUUUGGGUCUGCUGGUAACGAUUGCAUGUGCCGAGAAGAAAAUUAAUCUAGAAGAUAUAGAAAGGGAUAAUCUGAGGACUGAGAAUAAAGUCAAGAACGAGAAUAUCCAGACCGAUGAAACGAAAUACGCCGUUCAACCCAAUCAGCAGCAGUAUCAAAUACCGAACCAAUAUAGUACUUUGGAUAGUAAUUCCGAAUCGUAUAUCCAUCCUCAGGGAUUUCAAGAUGUAAAAUAUAACCUACCACCUGAAGCAUACAUUCAACCCAACCAAUACGCUGUACAGGAAGUACAAUAUAAGCAGCCAAGCCAAAUUUUGCCACAGCAAAAUAUUCUGCCAAUACAAUAUUACAGAGGAUAUCAACAACAAGCGGAAAUACCGGCAAAAGGCGUUGCUUCCAUCGCCUACGAAUCUCAAAAAUUUAGUUACCAACCGGAAAUAACAGUAGGCAAUCACAUUCAAAGUAUUCAACAGAAAGCAAUCACAGAAAAGUAUACAAAAGCCGUCAAUAAAGAACCUGUUUAUUUCGAUGUUCCGGUGACUCAGCUGCUUUCUUAUUAUCCCCAAUUUAAUAUUAAUUCUCCGGAGAGUGAAAAAAGUGCCGGAUUGCAACCUCCGUUACAUCAGUUAGCCAACAACGCGGCUCAACAAAUUUCCAUACCCGUGUACGCUCCUGUAUAUAAUCAAAAACAAUUAGUCUCUUCUGCAAAAACAUCUUAUUCUACAGUUGUGCCAACAACAUUUAGGACCAAAGCACCAAAAGGAUCGGCUUAUACUCUCCCGAUUACCUCAAAGAAGAUUAAUUUAUCCACACUGCUGACGACACCCGUGUACGUGCAACCCCAACAAUCGCCUGUUAAAGAAAAGACGCUGUUGCACACGCAAGCUUACAUCACGCCGUCUCAACCACAUUAUGUGCAGCAGUUAGUUUACAUGCAGCCUGGCAUAGUUUACACCGAUCCUGCUGCCGCUUACAGCGAUAUUUACGCUCGUUUACCAGCAUACAUUCAAGACAAUUCUCUCCCUGGACAAGUGAAUCAAUAUCAAACCCAACAACAAUUGUACGUUACACCGACGAUUGUCGCCGAAGCGCCGAACAAAGUCUUGCAAGAACAAAUCAGCCAAGAUCUUUCACAAAAUUACGUUAAGGUACCUGAAGAACCCAAAGCUCACUUCGUGCCACCGCAAUUGCCUCCACAGGACUUCAAAUCCGGCAUUACGCAAUUGAAACCUGUUUCUAUCGAAGACGAACAAUCUUUACCGGUGCAAGAUCAGUCUUUGUCAGUGCAAGAGCAUUCCUUGUCCACAGAGCCAAGGUCGCUACUUGACACGUAUAUUCCGAGUAAAGUCAUCGCUGCGCAAGAUACCGCCAGGUACAGAGAAAGACCAAUAAAACUGGAAGGGGGUUUCCUUCCGUCAAAAUUAAAUUUUGCGCUUAAGAAGCGCAAAUCCGAAUGACGAGGAUCGCUAUGAGCGAUAUGACGAUUGACGAAUGUCACACAAGGGUCAGUACAGCAUAAAAA